CGAACUACAAACAUGGCGGGUACAGAAAAAUACGUUUUUAAACCAUUUUAAGUGGUUUUAUGGCAAUGAAACUGUCUAUACCCGUUAAUUUUUCAUUGUUUGAGAUAAAAGCAAACUUUCUUGCUCAUAUAUGAACUAUUUUAAGCGCCCAAACGAGAGUCUAAAGCAUUUGUGUUUAAUGCAAAAUGGACGUCAAUGAAGCUACCCCUCGAGAAAUUAUCCGUGGAGUAUUGACCACAACAAGCAUUAGUAAAAGCGCCAGAAGUGUGCGACCAAGAACAACCCCAAGAGCGGUUAAGGUGAGGGAAACUCCAGUUAAUCCUCCGUCCCAGGCGGAGGUAGCAAGCCGUAUGUUAACUCGGUCAAGAUCUGCGAACAAAAGGAAAGCUCCUUUGGCUAGUGCUACAACACCUUCUGAUUCCACGACACCGAGAACUCUGGUAAGCUAUGACUAUAAUAAGAUAACGGGUAAGAUUUCUGCUCAGCCCCAUACAUUUAUUAUGCAUUCAUGUUUUGACUCUAUUCAUACAAACUAUUUGUGUGAAAUAGUAUGAAAUUUCUGCACAACACAUGUAUGAGGCUGUACAGAAGUGUUACCAGAUUUUGUAGUUAAGAUUAAAAUUAAUUCAUUCAUUCAUCACAAUUUUGAGAUCUGGAAUACCAUCAUAUUUAUGGAAAUUUAUUUUGUACAUCUUUGAAACCCGUUCAUGUCAUACCCUCUCAUCUGGUUAACCUGGCCUCAUGACCCCUUGGGCCUGAGUUGCAUAAGGUGAAGGGGCUCAUACUGUUGUUCUAAAACAAUAACUUAUUGUUUUGAAACAAUACACAAGAGUUCUCAUAAUUUUAACAUUCUCAGUGUUCUCACCAGGCCGCGGCCUUGCGGGAUUCCCGCAAGAAAAAAUGAAAUGGCGCAUUAAAACCAAGAAGAUGCACCUGUUAGGGCGCAGGGGCAAGCUACGAGUCAAACGGACUUAAGUAGUUUUAAUGGUUAACCUAACACUAAAGCAUUCUGUUUGUUUGAAUAAAUAAAAAACACGAUAUCAAAUGAGUCAAAGUCUUUAAUUUUGUUGCCUUUACUUUCGUUGGUCCCACGCACGUCCCACUACAUCGUAAGCUCGUCCUCCGAAUAGUAAACACCUCUUCCGCCAUAUUGGAUCAGGUAGGUACUUCAUGUAACAGACAAUUUGGAGUGCGGGCUCAGGCCCCCUAAUGUUCUUACAGGGCCCCUAUUUCUCAGAAGAGGGGGCCCUGGGACUCCCCAAGGCAAAAUCCUGGUGAGAACACUGCAUUCUGUAUGCAACCAAGCCCUGCCCUCAAAUUCUUUGCUACAAUAACAGUUCUUACCAGACCACAGCAUUGUGGCAUUGCCACACUUUUCCAGGAAAUGCUGCACUAUAAUAAGCCCAAGGUGUCUCAAGGGCACAAAGAAGGAGAAAAAAACCUCUUACAAAACGUACAUAAACAUACGUACAAACACGUACAUUUCCUUUUUUCUAUUAUCUAAGACAGUGUGAGGUAUUUACUUCCGCUUUUCUUCCUCAUGACCCCCUUUAAGCUUCUCUAUGGGUCCUGUAGACCCCAGUGUAGCAAAUCCUGGCAAGAACACUACAGUUUACCACUUGAAUCCUGCAUAGCAGCAGAGUAAUAGACCCUUCCACGGUUUUUUUCUCUAGUUUUGAUUAGGAUCAUUUGGCGAAAAUCUGUCAACACAGCUGAAAAAAAGAGCACCUAAAAAUUGGUAAACUUGCUGAGUUUGAAAAAUAAUAGAUCUCAAACAAGAGUAGAUUAUAGCUUAACAAAGACACAAAAUUUUAAAGACAUUUGCAUGGUGGGCAGGGGGCAAGUUGGUGACCUAAUUGCUGUGUUUAUUCUCUUCAAAGAUUUGGGCUGAUAAGUGGACUUUCAACAAGUCAACCUCACGAGUUUCUAAGCAAGCAGAGCAAGUUUUUAGGGGUUUCUAGAUUAGCGGAGCAGCUUUUUAGGAUGCAAUGCAGCUGAGCGAGUAACCUUCAUCCUGAGCCACAUUAAGUUGGAUGAUUGAAGGACUUUUUGAAAGUCUAGCAGAUAAGCUGAAGCAACCUCUUGCCAUUUAAGCAAGCUGUAUUCUUAUUAUUUUUUGACAUCUCCUCUUGAUCUGGCUAGAUUUCAGGAUUUCUGCAAAUAGCACCAGUGGCUAAAAGUGCCGUGAAAGUAAAGAAACCAAAAACAGUUCCACCAGAGAUAAGUGAAGCAAAAAGUGGAAAAACGAGAGCAAGUCUUCACAAUGACAAUACUCCGAGGAGCACCAUUCAGAAUGUGUUACGGGAAGGUACAGAAAGUUUGUUCCCUAUUUGGAUUACAAGGUCACAUGAUCUCUCAAUUCACCUUCAUUUGAUAGCAUUUUUAGUUUUUCAUAUAUAUAUAUAUAUAUAUUUACUAUUACAAGAGGUUUCUACAAAACUUACAGUACAUUACAAGGGUAAUAAAAAAUAGAACAAGUUAUAUAAAUCAAGAAAGGUGAAAUGUGCAUAGUGACCAAAGGAGCUUAGGCUUUCAAGUUCAUUUCCAUCAUGUGUUUAUUAAUGUAAGUGCUGAUAAACAUGAUUCUAAACAACUAGAGUUUAGUUGACAGUUAUUGUCACAACUUUUUUACAUUUCUUGAUCCCUCUAAAUAACCCUUAAAUGUACUUUUAAAAGCGUAAAAACCUUUCAAAACACGUGUCUCUUUUCAAGGGAAUAUUGCAAUACUCUAUCUUACUGAACAUUAUUACUGAACACUAUUUAAAUUGCAAUUAUAUUAUUAUUAUUAUUAUUGUUCAUAUCUCACACCACUAGUUGUAUCGGUGGUCACAUAUCCCUAGGUCAUCAAACUAUUUCCUAUAGCCUUAGGUGUCUAGGGUCCUUCUUAAGACCUUUUAUGCUGUUCCCAACAAGCAAGCUUCGUGGAGUAAUUUCAAGAUCCCAGGUGUUCCUAUCUUAGUAACCCACAUCAUCAAGUUUUGGUCACUGCUCCGCCCCAAUUAGAACAACAGGUAUGCUUUUGCAGUUCCACAUCUUUUGUAUUUCCACUUUUGAGUCCUGAUAGUGGUUGAUCUUCUCUCUUAUUUGGCACACUCUGCUCUCCCUUUUCAGGGUUUCUGCCACAUGGCUGUUAAUUUUUACUUUUGGGACUGGUUUUCUGUUCUUCAUGGCCAUCUCUUUAGUAAUUUCCCAUUUUUACCUGAUGAGGUUUUCCACUUUUUUCGUUUCCUUGUCCUCUGGGGUCUGUGGGGCUACCCUAUUUUCCUGCUUGUUUUCGUCCUGCGGUAUAAUUUCCAGGUUUAGUGGAGGUUGUGUUGGUUCUUGUGGGGGAUCCAGUUGGGCGGGGAUGUUGUUUGCCCACCCAACCCUGUUUUGAUUUCUUGGAGCUCUGUUGGAGUGAGCUUUUGUGGUCUUUCUACAUACUGACAUUAGUUGGCCAAGUUGUUAGUGUCGAUAUCAGGUUUGGAAUCUUGGUUCUUAUUGCGCCAAAUUUGAGCGGUGUUGUUUUUACUUGGUAAUAGCUUUGCGGUGUAGUAAGCUUCCAUUAUUCCAAUAUACUCUUCCCAAGUCCAUUUGUAUUUUUCCCUUCUGGGUCUUGUCUCUGAACUGGCGGCAGAUCGUUGAGGGCCACUGUGAGGAGUAUCCUCGGCAUGGAGUUCCUUUUGUACUUGCGGGAGAGAGUUUGUUGGAGUAGUAUACUUUCGAUCUCAGCCUGGUUCCACACUGAGGAUUGUGACCUUUGUUUAUCCGCCUGAUGACCAAUGCGGCAUGAAAAUCUAUUAUUUCUACUUGUCAUGUCAUGAUACUUUGUUGUAACCCUGACGGGGGUAGCUGCGGGGGUUACGAACAACUUGCCAAAGGUGUAACCCUAGACUCUGGCAGGCAGGGUUGUCCAUGUCCCCAUAGUAGGCUGAGGUCCAACCUGUAUUACUCCAGUGCCCUUUAUUAUUAUUAUUAUUAUUAUUAUGAAUGCUAUUUAAUUUUCCUCUUCUUUAGUGUUUUUUUUUAGUGAUUAUCUUAGUAAGAAUGCAAUUGACCUUAAAAAUAGUUUCUUCUUUUUUAUUCAAAAUGAAUUGUUUUAAUUGAAAUGAAAUGUUCUUAAUUUGAAGAAUUUUUGUUUAAUGAAAUGAAUUUUUCUCUAAUCAAAACAAAGUGUUUUUUUGAACGAAAGGAAUUGUAAAUAGUGUUUUGAUGAAAUAGUUUUUUUCUAAAGUGAAUUAAUUGUAAAUAGGAUUUUAAUAGUUAGUAUUUUAUCAAUAAAGUACUAGUAUGUGGUAUAACUUGCAAUGUUUAUUUAAAAACAGAGAUUGGAACAACUUGUAAAAAUGUUUCGUGCAUAUAUGUAUUAAAAAAGUACACGUUGACAAAAAAAAUUACUAUUAUUAUUGUUAUUAUUAUUAUCAUUAUUAUUUCUGGGUUUACAAACACUUGCCAAAGGUGUCACCCCAGACUCUGGUGGGUGGGGUUGUCGAUGUCCCCGGAGUAGGCUGAGGUUCAACCUGUCCUACUCCGGUGCCCUUUAUUAUGAUUAUGAUUAUUAUGAUUAUUAUUAUUAUUAUUAUUAUUAUCACUAUCAUUAUCAUUAUUACACUGAAAGACAUUCUUCAUUGUGUCCAGCCAUAGCAGAAACUCCAGUAGAGCCAACCUUUUCACCAUCCACUGAGACUGAAGAUGACAUGACACCCCAGCAAUCAAACGACAGCAAAAACCAGUCACCUCACAUGAUAAGCACCGCACCUAAUGAGGACAAAACUGACACAGUUGAAAAGUCUGAUGAGAGGACAACUACUGGUCAAUCAGAUGAUGUUAACAUUGAAGUGGCUUCAGGAUCACAGGAUUCACUUGAGGAAAGAGAAGAUGCAAUGCCAAAGUAAGAGACAGUGGAACCUCUCCUUUGAGACAAAUUUCUCGUGCAGCACUACCAAUCAGAAGCACUGUCCAUAUCUGGGUAGUGACACAUCAUCAGUUUGGGAUUUCUGCUGUUAUUGCUCAGAUGUCAUUUCACAGGGAAACCAGUGGCAGCAUCAUAAUUAAUGUUGGCUGUUUUCUCAGGCUAAAAAGGACCUGGAUCCAAAACCUGGCAACAGGGUGCGAAGAAAGUCAGUUUUACAGCUUGCUUUUCAGGCAGGCUGUAGAUAGCAUGCACUAGCCCAAAAGUCAUUUUAACUAGCCUGAAAAAUAUUCUUUUAACGAGCAUGAUCGAAAACAGUUUUUCUGUCAUUUUUAUUCCUCAAAAACUUCACUUGUCCAUCUGGUAAGUUGAGAACAGAAUUCACUUAUCCGAUAGCAAAAUCAUUAGCUCUGUGUUUUGGACACGACUUUCUUUGCAUGCUGAGGAUUAUAACCUCCAUUCUGUUCAGGGAGCACCUUAGCACUCAAGACUUGACUGAUUUCAAAGGGGAAUUGAUAAGUUUAAGUGCACACUGAACAAUGAUGACAGCUUUCACAACAUGAACUAUCUCACUUAAAUCAAUGUACUGCACUUGUGGGAACUCAACUUGUUUAAAAAGCAUUAUUUUGCUGUCAAUUUUAGGUAGUUCUUUAGAGCAUGCAAACCUGAAAUUCUCAGGAAUUUGCUUCCUAAACGUUCAGAUUUUUAUAAUUCAAAGUUGGUGAUAAACCUGGGCAGCUUAAGCCUCCUUUGAACAAUGCACUGUUACCUUAUUUAGCAAUUAAUGAAUCAGGCUGAGUAGGAUGUGAAGAAUUAAGCAGAUCGAGGAGGGUGUUAUUUGGCCUUGGUGGACAACACCCUCCGAGAGCUAAAACAUGCUUACCUGCAUUAAUGUUAAGUUCAUCUUCGAUAGUGUACGUUUAGGUUUGUCCAGCUCUGCAAAUAUUCUCCAAAUAGCAGAUGUCGCCAUCUGAGUUGUCUUUUUGCUGUUUUUGCCAUGUUUUUAGCUUUUAUUUCGCCUUGUUCCAGCUGUAGUUCUUACUCCUGAAACAAGUAAAAUGUCCGCCAUUUUUUUUUCACAACCAAAACAACUCCACCUUGUCCCAAGGGGUAACAGUGCCUUAACCUGCAGUGGGCUGCAUUUUUGACGUCAUUUCCUCGUUAAACACAAAAUUCUUCCAAAUUUGAUGAUCAGUAACAAGUUAUGGUGAAUUAUGUGUGUGCUUUUAGCCAAUCAGAAUUGGGGAAAUAUGUUGAAUGAAUAAUAAUCACUGUUAUUCCACUGAAAGACAUAUAAAGAUUACCAUUAAUUGUUGCUUGGGGUUUUUUUUAUGUCAUGUGAUUUUUUCUAUUUUAUUUUUUCCUGAGAUGUUUUAAAUUAUUUUCUCGGUAUGUCUUAUUAAAGGUUCAGUUCCAGUGUUAAUGACGAUAGUGCCUCAUCAAUUAUGGUAACUGCAGAUCAAGCUUUGCAAACAGAUACAGUGAUCAGUGAUGAUGCUGUGCAACACAAAUCUGGGAUGUGGCAAGAUCUGGUUACUCCUAAACUGCCUCUUAACAUUCCAGCAGCAGGUGGAAGACAGUCGUCUGCAUCAAAAAAUGAUGAAGCAGAAAGGUAACAAAUCAUUCUGAUAUCAAAGUAUCAUUUAUGAAAAUUAUGUCGCCAAUUAGUAAUUUGUUACAGAAUGAAGGGUUUCCCCAGUUAGAGUAAACAAGGAAGGAGUUUUGUAUCAUUAUAAGAUUCUGAAAAGCUGCCAACUCACCCCUCCCUUAUCCCAAUAUUUUGCUUUUGGCAAAAAGUUAGUGUUAACUUUGGGUUAGGGACAGAUCAUUAAGAAAGUUAUGGAGGGGGCGGGUGAAGUACAGACAAACAUUUCCACGCAAGGGAAAAAUUAAAUGGAAAAAUUCACGUGCUCUAAGUAACCCCAAAAUAAUUCUAAAAAAUAUAUUCAUGCAAGAAAAAAUAAAAAAAAUUCAUGAAGCUCAAAAAUUUCCCAUCCCCCACCUCCAUAACUUUUCCAAUGGGCUGGUGGGCAGUUUCCCAGGAUCUUACUUAUCCAAAUUUAUUCCCCCUAGGAAAGGAAAAUGUACUGCAAUUUACCUGUGAAGAAGGCUCUUUCUCAUUGCACAAGCUUAGAAUACAUCUGAUCUAAGUCCGAUUAAAAAACUUUACUUUGAUUUAUGAUGUUUAGAGCUGCUGGUGCAAAGAAGUUUUUUGGACGGAAACCACCAACAGGAAAAGUUGACACAGCAAAGAGUUCUAAGUAUGUAGUCUUUUUUAUUCCUUACUACAGCCAACUGUCUCUUAACAGACACCUCUAUAGUAAAAAUUGAUGGAUAACUCCCUAUAAAAAUGGACACCAAGAAUGGCAUUGACAAAACCCUGCCAGCGUCUGUUUUGUUGAUCAACUCUGGUUUGUAAAACCUGUAUUAAACAGUCCACCUUUAUUAAGCAGUCAGUUGGCCAUUCCCAAGGGUUACUGCAGGUCUACCAAUAGUUUGUUAUUUACAAGCAUGACAGAAACUUAAGAACUGCAGAAAAAAAAACACACAAAUCAGCUUGUUAUCAGAUCAGGUCUUGAGCCUGGGACCUUCAGUUUAUAAAUGCAAUGUGCUGUCUACCAACCACACUGCGUCUCUUAUCCCUUAAGGUGAUUCAUUAGUAAUAGAACCUAACAUAGAUUGUAGAUGAAACUUGGUACACUGAUUGAACAAGUCAAGAAGAUGAUAAAAAAGUAAUAAAAAGUGGGGGUCACCCUUCUUGUUUUGACGUGAAAAUGAUGACAAAUACGGCUAUUUGGGAGCAUUUACAAAAACCGCGGGCAGCCAAAACUGGACAAAAAGGGGAGAUUUUUUCGAUGAUGCUUGUGGUAUCGAACAGAAUUUGGCUUUAAUGCACGGUUUAUCCACUUACGUACCAGAAAAAUGCCUUUUAAUGCCCUUGUUUUUACUUUAUGCUCUAAAGUGGAAUUAAAUUGGACACGCGCUAUUCGACCCUUGAUAGCUCAAUCAGUACAAUUUAGUAAAAUUGCCAAAAAACUGAACAUAGAUUUGUGCCAAUUUUUUUCUCAUCGAAAGGAAGCACUGUCCUUAUUAAAAUCAUGAAAUAAAAAAUGGGGGUCACCGUACUCGUUUUUGCGGUAGAGUUGCAGAAAGUGCGUACCAAAUGCAUUUUCUCCGAUUUUUGAGAGAGGACUGGGGCGAGUUUCAAAUAGAAUGCGUGGUAAAGGGGGAAGAAAGUAUUUAAAAAUCUGUUUUUACAGAAUUUACAUCGAGAUAUCAUGUGAUAAAGAAAGCGUUUAAAUGAAAAUGAAAGUGAGUAAGCGCAAGUUAAUCAUCCACUAUCGAGGUUCUCCGUGAGGAAGUCGAACUCAGCAGCACGCGUACUGCUUACGUUAUGCACAUUCCCAACACAUUGAGUUUUUCCUGGACAAGAAACAACAGCAAGCAAAAAUUCCAAUAGCGUUUCUCUUCAGUCAACUUCAUUUAAUAAUGUUACUUCACAUAACUCUUUUUUACAGCGGCCAUCUUGUUAUGCGCAGUAAGAGAUGCGCAAUGCAAAACUAGGGAAUCACCUUAAGCUUCACCACCCUCUCAUCUUCUUCAUCAUCCUUUAAUUUUCAACAGGAAGCCGACGGGACCUAAAAUGCCAACAAAUCUUGUGAGGGAUAUUUUCCAGCAUUUCUCUCAAGCAAAGCUUUCAAGGGAAGCUCUUCAAGCCGUUGAAAAUGGGUAAAUCAACAUUCAAACAACAUUUUGUUUCUCUCUCAUCCACUCUAGCAACAUAAUUAGCUACAAUUACUAACAACUUUUAAUAGAGUCAUACUGAACUGUAUAGACUGGAACUAGACCUCAACCUUUUCCUCAAACAUUUAGUUCCCAGUUCCUACAUCUGUAGUUCCAGGGGCAUACUCAACAAAGUCUUAUACAGAGGAGGCUACACCCAAGGUGCAACCCCUUACCCUUUUGUAACCAUUUUUGACAGAAAACGUACCCCUUUCAUAUACCUUUCUAUUGACAAAUAGUGCCCUUUUCACAUUUCUAGUUUAGAACUUUGCAUCCCUUUUAACUACUGUAAAUGCACUCUAUUACAGUCCGUAAGCGGACCCCUAAUUAACCGGACGCUAAGCCGAGUCCCUAAAUUAACGUCUUUUAUUAUAUAGACACGAGUGUUUUACUGGAAAAUGUACCACUCGUAAGAUUCAUAAAAACUACAUCCGGGACCCGAGUGGUUUAUUUUCCAUAAUCUGACACGUGAGUUUAUCGAUGACGUAAGUUCAGUCAUUUCCCUCUAUUAUUUUAUGGAUGUCUUUUUGUCUAUAUAAUAAAAACAAUAUUUGGCAAAAGCAAUAUUUACUCACUCGCUGCGCUCUUUCGUAAAAUAUUGUUUUGCCACUCGAAAAUAAAAUUCAUAUCUUCGCGCCACCGUGUAAUAUUCUCUAUAAAUUUAACGAACCCCUAUUCAGCGGACAGUAAAAUAUAUUGUAUUUGGCUAAUGUCUAUUGUUAAAAACCUCUAUUAAGCGGACGCCAAACUGAAUUGACAAUAGUAGUAUUGGAUUACGUCCUUGAAAUACGUCGUGCAGUCGAUUAAUAAAGAUAAAUCAAUACAUUUAGAUGUCAAUAAACUGUAGAUUACACCGAUAACCGGCUGUAAUCGUCAUCCACGAUCAAAAUUCACCUAAAAGUCUUGCUCAAAGUACAGCACUUCAUGGAACUUUAUCACAGUACAGAGUAACUUUUGAAUGUUAAUCUUAACAAACUUUGUUAAAACAAACAUCGCGCAAACCUCUUUGAGGCGGACACUUGGGAAGGUCCUGAAGGUGUCCGCUUCAUAGAGGUUCACUGUAUUACAAAACCAGAACAUUUCGUUGAUGUUUUCACUUCUAUAAAAUGCAUCUGUUGGCCCUUUUUUGGCCUUUUUAUAGACCGAAAUGAAAGAUCUCCCGAACGUUUCAUAUACCUCAACUAGUGAAUUCAUCCUUUCAUGUACCUGAGGCCUGGAAAAGAUACCUUUUUGGAUGAAUCCUCCCUCUAUAGGCCAUUAUGGGGAGUACUUCCCCCGCCCCUUAUGUGGGACUCAGUGUGCUUGUAAUUGUCUAUUAUGAAUAUAGAACUUUGUGAUAAAAGUUUCCAUUUUAUUUCAUAAAAAAUAAUCCUUCCUAAAGAAUGUUUGGUAUUUACUUAAUUUAUCAAGUGAAGAAAUGUUUUUGUGGGACUAAUUUUCCAUUCCCAAGAAGAUAGACUUGCGACAGUUUUCAGUAACUAAUAUUUGCAUGAUUCUUUGACAGGUCACAGCUAUUUUUCAAGCAAAUUUCAUCUGAUCUUAUGGCUUACUGCCAACAUGCUCACAGAACGACUAUUGAGCUUUCUGAUGUGGAACUCCUCAUGAAAAGGUCAGAAUCAGAAUUCCUUACUUCUUUACUGAAUUACAGUACAUGGUUCAGGAACUGUGAUUACAGUGUAUGAAUUGAAACCUUUCUUGGAAAUAGAGCGUUAAAACUAAACUCAAAGUAAUUACUUGUGCAAAUACAUUACGUGCAGAAAUUUACAUGAACCAUCAGAUUCUAAAGCAAAAUUAUUGUUAUUAUCAUUAUCAUAAACAUUGUUAUUUUUAUUAUUUAUUAUUUUAUCUAUUUAUCGCCAUUUUUUUUUUCAACUUACUCAUUAGCCCUGGUUGUUUGCCGAAAAAGCGCCCUUUGAAACUAGUCAAACUGUUUUAUGCUUGCCAUCUGACGGUCUGGUCAUAAAGAAGCCGAACUACCCUAAAACUUAUGGCCGUUUACACCAAAAAAAAUAAAGAGACUUGUCUUACACAAGACCUGAACGGAACUGUACCAUUUUUGCGAGCAUGUCAUGUCUUUCAUGUCUUAUUUCUUGUCCUGUACUCGUUUUUGUUUACCCUCUGUAUACAGAGGUUUUUAUUCUAGCACUUCAGCACUCCGUUCUCUAUGUUUCUCGCCGCAUGGUGAGCGAGAUGACCCCCGGUAUCCUGGGUAGUUCUUCGUGUAUCUGUUCUCCAGACCUUAUGUCUUUGUUUAUUCGAGGAAUUUAUCUAGAGCAAAGCGCGCAAAAAGACUACUUCUGGCCCCUUAAGCUUGGUUCUCAUAUUUCGCCGAAGUGCGACAUAGCCGCGGGCACUGCCUGAGAUACUACUUCGACAUAUGAGGACAUAACGCCGUCGGCUCAAGAAACAUCGCAAGUCUUUACCGCCGGUAUGCCUGCGAAGUCGAACUCGUGUCAACUUCGCAGGCAUGCCGUGCGGUAAAGACCUGACAUGGCGUCUGUUGCCGGCGACUUCUGUUCUCAUGUCGGAACGGUAUCGCAGGCAGUACAGGCAGCCCUGUCGGAGUCAUGUAGCAGGUAGAUCGGCGGCCUUGAGAACCAGGCUUUAUGCUAGCAGGCAAUUAAUCCCCCAUGGGUUUUAUAUUCAUAAGUGCGCUCGACAACCUCUGAAGAGAAAAUAGUAGGUCUGUAAAAAGACUUUUAGAAACAAAACUGUCACUCAAACGCCGGGCCUGACCGAACGUUUUCGAUCUACUCACUGGUAUCAGUUUGCAAUUCCUAGCAAAGACGUUUGACCACUCGUUAUGAGUCAAUGUAGUCGUGACUAAAACCCGCAACCUCUCGCUCAGUAGACCCUUGUACUCUCCUACCUAGACUAAGUGAGUAGUUGUCCAAUCCAGGCUGAAAAGUUACCAAACAUUAAUUUGAAUCCCAGUUUCAUAUAACAUCACGAAGAUCAGACCGUGACUUUUAUAGGGAAGUACCUCUCCCGGGAAUUGGGGAUCGAAGAGUAUGACCAUUCUUUAAAAUACUUUUUUCCUUCCUUCUUUCUUUUAGACAAGGCUUCAUUACUGAAAAUCAGUCACUGUAUUCGCUGGUUGAAAAGUAUCUUCCUCUGGAAUAUCGACAAGAAAUCAUCCCCACAGUACACGCAGGGAACAAGAUCGUCCUGAAAUAAUUCCCCAGCCGUACAUACAUACUGUACAGAGAACAGACUGCUUAAAAGCCACUGAAAGAAGAUAGCUAAUGACCUGAAGCAUGGUGUACCUCACCAGCAUUUUUAGCCUCUGAACAUUUCUGGCUAGCAAUUUUUUUAAUUAUUAUUUUGCGAUGUUUCUGAGGCAUUAGCUUCUCUUGGCAUAACAAGUACAAUCCUUCCCUAUUUUUUUCCAACUCCACAUUUACCAUUUUCACAUAAACCAUAAUGCACCUUGUUUACCCCACCCCACCCCCCUUCAAAUCUUGCAUAACCAUUGUUUCCAAUUUUUCCUGGGUAUUUCAGUCGUUCCCACAGAAAUCAAAGACAAUGGCUUUGCAAAGUAUUGAGUAGUAAUCAAGGUGCAUUGAAACUGGUGCUGAUUGCCAAAAAAGCUGAACCACCGCGCUGCUUCUUUCCUUGAGGUCUGUGCGCAUGUCCCUUUUUCUGUUGAUACAGAGCCUCCGUUACUUUUGUACAGCGGAUAGGAUCGCGGCCUUUGGGAACGAGAUUGGUGGUUGUGAGGAAUGAGCAGAGGGAUUUAAGUCUGUCAGGAACGGAGAAAUACUUUGAGUCAAGAUAGGUGAAUCUUUCGUUUGGGAUAUUAGAGUGAUACCACGAGCUGUUCAAGUCUUCAAUAAGUUAAACCAUGUUUUAAUAAACGGAC